GAGUCCUCCGGGGCUUCUCCUGGAACCUGCUCCUCAAAUAUAAAGCGCUCCCCCAUCCACCAGGAAAGACUGAAUCAUAACUCACAAGGAGGAGCCGCAGCCUGUACGUGCGUUCUCCUACAACCAGCACUGACAUCUGUAACCUAGCAGUAGUAAUCGAAACAACACCGCGGGGUUAAUUUAAAAGAAGUAAAACAGCAGUUUCUGUAGUGGUUUAGCUUUUUAAUCCGCCUCCAGUGUGCCUCCCCAGAGAACGCAACUUGUGAGAGAGACAGUGAGAAGCGCAUCUUAAGUUUGGAAGAGGAGAGAGCGCGCAGAUGGCCGCCCUCAUCAGCGCGUACUCGUCGUGGCCAGAGUCCUUCGAGUGUCCUCCAGGAGACGGAGACGUGCCCGACGGACAUGGCCCGCACAGGACCCCCGUGAACAAGGCGCCGGAGCCGCGGAUCAGACGGCCCAUGAACGCGUUCAUGGUGUGGGCCAAAGAUGAGCGCAAACGGCUGGCCGUUCAAAAUCCAGACCUGCACAAUGCCGAGCUCAGCAAAAUGUUGGGAAAGUCAUGGAAGGCCCUGACUCCCCCUGAUAAGAGGCCCUAUGUGGAGGAAGCAGAAAGGCUCCGGGUGCAGCACAUGCAGGACUACCCCAACUAUAAGUACCGGCCUCGUCGCAAGAAACAGCUGAAACGCAUCUGCAAACGAGUGGACCCUGGCUUCCUCCUGAGCGGGCUCGCCCCCGAUCAAAACGCCCUGCCCGAACAGCGAGUCCUCUGUCACCCCCUCGACAAAGACGAGGGCAGCCCUAAUGGUAUGAGGAGUGGGUUCUCCAGCCCCAGCCCUGCUCUGCCCAGCGUCAGAAGCUUCAGAGACCCAGCCGGUUCCAACAGCAAUUUUGACACCUACCCUUACGGCCUGCCCACUCCCCCUGAGAUGUCCCCAUUAGAUGCCAUGGACCACGAGCAUGUACCCCCCUCUUAUUAUUCAACAUCUGGUAGCUCUUCCUGCUCUUCCUCUUGCCCAGACGAGCACCACCAGAAUCAGACACACAUGGGCAGCCCACCCCCUUACCACACUGACUACGCUCAGACCCAAAUCCACUGUGGGGGCGCACACAUAGGUCACAUCUCUCACAUGUCCCAAACUGGUGGCGGUGGACUGAUCCAUGGCCCUCCGCUGUCUUACUACAGUUCCUCAUCUUACCACCAGAUUCCCCAAGGGCUCCACCAGGGCCACCUGGGUCAGCUGUCCCCCCCGCCAGAGACACAGGGUCACAUGGAGACUCUAGACCAGCUGAGCCAGGCAGAGCUUCUGGGUGAGGUGGACCGCGAUGAGUUUGACCAGUACCUGAACUCCACUGGGACAGGGUUCCAUCCUGAGCAAGGCAGCAGUAUGACCGUUACAGGACACAUCCAGGUGGCGUCAGCCGCCAGUCCUUCUGCCACUGCCUGUCCCACCAGCACCACAGAAACCAGCCUCAUUUCAGUGCUAGCGGACGCAACAGCCGCCUACUACAACAACUAUGGCAUCUCAUAAGCUUGGUCACAGCACCCGUUACACUUGUGGCUGAUCAGAGACACUACAGGGGUUAAAAUGGGUGAAGAAAUGUGGGAUGAUGCUGCACUUAAGUGCCAGUAAGGGAAAGAUUUCUUUGUUCUCAUCUGUAAUUUUUAAAAUCCCGUAUUAGCAUCUAUGAGCAACAUCAUCCCACCAUGAUUAAAAGCUGAACUGAUUACGGAGCAAUACGAUUGUCUGGAGCUGAGGAAAAAACAAAGAGCAAUUGGAGGAAUACGAAGAAAGGGAGAUGGACACCUCAGGGAUGCAGACACAAAUACUAUAGUAUGCCACCUCCAGUUGUCACAGUGUUUCUAAACCAGAAGAACAAUCCUAAAGGCUUGUUGUGUCCACUUGUAAAUGUCACCAGUUACUGUUGCCUCUGCGGCAUGUACAGAUGCUCUUUAGAAACUAAUUUAAGUCCUGUGAUGUUUCGCAUAAAUGCUGACUGUAAUGCUAUUAUCGACGCUUUCCAUUUGACUGUUUGUAUUCUAAGUUCUCGCUCUCAUUAGCUUGGGAGUCUUACCUCAGUAGUUGUAAUUGAAUGAGGUUUUAGUUGGACAUUUCUUAUGCAAAUUAAAAAAAACGGCAUAUAAUGAAGAAAACAGGCGUUUAUACUUCUUCUCAAGUACUUAAUAAUAUAUAAUCAUAACCUCUACGAUGAAAAUAAUAAUGGUAACUAUAACUGUAUGCUGAUUAAGGUUUGUGAAAGACAAUAAUUUAAAAUAAACUUAAAGUUUUAUAUUAACGCAGUUGCUACUUAAUGUGCCCACAGACAACAUGCCACAACAAAAGAAUUAUGUAGGAUGAGGUAAUGGUAAUAACUGAUGCACUUAAAGCUAUUGUGCUGAAGCAGGUGAAACACAUUUCUACUUAUCUAUACAUACCAUCUAAUUAUUAUAAUCAGAUUACAAAAUCAAAAAACAAUAAAGGAAAUAAGGACUCCACUUGAAGUGUUCAUGCACAAAUGGGAGAAAAUGGCGUGUGCUAUUUGUCCAUCUUAGAACUGAGUGUCACGCCACAUGUUCUUCUAUUUAUGGGCUCUGUCUAGCUGUUGUACUGCAAGUGGCCCAUUCUGACACCCACUCCCCUGCUUGCUUUUUCCACCCUCCAUCACAUCAUUCUUCUCCAUCCGUCUCCUCUCGCUUUCAUUUCAUCCCGGUUCAGAGGAUUAGUGUAAAACAGGCACAGCCGCCUCCAUCCCAACCGUCCUUUGUUUUCCCGGAGUCUUAUUCUGGUUGCCAUUCUUAGGCACUCCGGACCCCACGUCCACCCCCACCCCCUCACCCCGUGUUCUAUCUUGCUGAUGCAGACCUUUCGUAAUCUGUGUAGAAUAAAUAAAAAAAUAAAUCCCA